CUCUAGCAUUUCCGGGUCAAAUGUAACAUCACAGCGGAGCAGCGUUGUGUACGUCUUCAUCUACUUUGGGAGAGAGAAAAUGGACAAUAACACCGGUUUCGACACAUCUACACCAGACAGCAAGGCGACCUACGUUCUCAGCAAUGUUGUGGAGGUCGUCGAGCGAAUUCUAACCUUCGUGCCGACCAAGUCUCUCCUAAAAAUCGCAAGUGUAUGCAGGCUAUGGAGCAACUGUGCCCGCAGAGUUUUGAGGACUCAACAGCAGUUGACAUGGGUGUCUGCUUGUGGACCCUCCACUACGGAGGUGCAUGCCCUCUGCAACACCCUGUAUGAGGAGGUCGAGAAAGUGUUUCUUCUCCCCAAAAUUGUUCUAGCAAUGAUGGACUGUGAGGCCUUCAAACUUCCUUUUUAUUGCCAUAGACAAAAGAAACCAAAAAGGAGCAGCCACAGUCCGGUUGAUGAGCUCAUUCAGGUCUUCCCGAGGAAUUGUGAUGUCAUGGGCAUUACUACACCGGGCAUCGUCUUAACUCCGACUGGCUCUCACUCCAGGCCACCGGAGGAGCACCAGGAAGGAGAGGCCGGCUUUGCCAUCAUGUUCCCAAACAUGGAGGGUGUUCAGAUCAGGCCGUUUCACUUCUGCCAGAAAUCCCUCUCUCCAAAUGCUCUGAAAGAAGCGGGACUAGUUGACAACCCAGAGUUGCGAGUGGUGCUGCUGUUUGUCUACGAGGUGUACAAAUCCGGGGGUGCGCGCUUCCUCAACGAAAUCCUGGAGCCGCUGGCCAAGAGCAAAGCUCUGAUUGCAGGCGGUCUUGUUGAAAGUGUCUUUCCCACCAGGCUCUGUUGUAGCCGAGGUGCGUACGGAGUGGUGGGUCUGGCCCUAAGCGGCCCCAAAGUGCAGGGUGCCUCAGUGCUCUUGGACCAGGACGUCAGCAGCUCCAAGACAGCUGAAGCCACCAUCCGCAGGCUAAAAGCUGCCAAAAUCCCGGAAAAGAACACCCUGGGCUUCAUGUUCGCUUGCGUGGGUCGAGGCCAGAAUUACUACAACAACCAGCGCAACGUGGAGGCCGACGCAUUCCGAAAAGUCUUUCCUGGAGUUCCACUCUUUGGCCUUUUCGGCAACGGCGAGAUCGGUUGCGACCGCAUCGUCAAAGACGACUACACGCUGUGUGACGACGACACGGACUGUCUGCAGCACGAGUAUACCACGGUGAUGACUCUGGUUCACCUGGGCUGAUCGAUAAAAUGAAGCAAACAUUUGACCUUACAAAUUAGUUGGAAUGCAUCGGAGUUUAUCCUUCAGUUGCCAUUUUAAUGGCAACCGCCGGAACUCCUUUGCAUCUUAAUUUACAGUACAAUAGGAUAAUACUGAGCAUCUCUUUUAGUGUCCUACUUGUAAAAUAUGUGAAAAAGAUGUCGCUUAAACAUUUUAGGCGAAUUUUGGGUCACCUUACAGGGCUUUUGCUUAAAAACAAACAAAGCCUGAUUUAUUGUUAAAGAGUUUCUGGUCUAGCAAAAGCACUUUCUUCCUAUGAGAGGGUUGAUGGUUUCCUUUCACAAAGUCUAUGGAGUUUUGACAUAUGAACAAAAGUAUUGGAACUUCUGGCUAUUACGCAUACAGGAAGGUGUUUUUGAGAUUUUAUCCUAAAUGUGAGUAGAUGCCCCAUUUUACGUUGCCUAUAUAAAAAAUGCUGACAUUUUUCUUUUUCAGUCACUCCUUUUUAGACUGAACCAUGGCAAACUGCGACCACAACUUCAGACACAUAAUUUGUGGGAGAAAUAGUAAAAAAAUGUAAGAGUCCAUAUGAGGCAAGCCCUCCCUCCAGUGUUGGCUUUCAUUGACUCCUCAUCCUGGCACUACGCUUGAGGGUUGUUUAGCCCAUCUUUUAUGUAGACUUUGUAAACAAAAAUAGGGGUAUGCUGCUCUAAAUGGCAACUGUAUGGUCAGAGUGUUAAAAGCAAACAACUCUAAAGUUCCACACGCUUCCUUUCUAGAAUGGUGACUUUCUGUGUUCCUAAUUGAUGAAGGUGCAAUUUCCAUUAUUGUUUGUCACAUAAAUAUUGAUAUUAGCUGCUGCUGUCUUUAGACCCUUAAGGGUUGAGAUAUUUUGUUUUAAGAUUACUAUAACAAUCUUUGAAUCAACCAGAUACGUUCCUAAAAUGUUGAGAUUUGAGACAUGAGCUGUUACAAAUAGCUAGGGGUUUUUGCUUGCUUUUGUGUUAUUCAUUGGCUGCCAUUGACGGUGCCAGACGUCCAGUUUAAAUAUAUCGGACGCCUGUCGCUGUCAAUGGCAGUCAGUUUGGCAUUUCAAUCAGUCAUAAAACAAUGGAGGAAUUGGUAUGAAAAGCCCGAAUAUGUUUAAUUCUUAAAUGUUCGUUAUAUACGAUAAAUAGUUUUUGUAUUGAAUCACAACAGACUGAUUAGUACAACUUCCAUGGUAGGAAAUGUACUUUUACCUUUCUCAUCCAAAUGUUUAUUUUUUAAUAACGUUUUCAUCUGGGUGCACUUUUCUACACAACGUGCCAAAAUCAUAUCUGCUUAAAUUGCCCUCAAAUAAAGACCUAAAAUAAAA